AUGAGAGGACGUUCAGAUGCUCUCAUGGCAAUCGAAGAAACUGUUGCUUCUUUAGAAACGAUAAGAAGAAACGAGUUAGAAAUGAAUAACCAAGUGAAAGCUAGUGUUGAAUUUGCAAAAUCGUUCGAUCAGGAUCCUGAAGAGGACUUUCGUCGCAAAAGAGUGAGAAGGAUGAGCAGAGGACAGGAUGACAACCCAGAUACCGCAGCUUCCAUUGAGAUUUUUUCCCACUACUGAAAGCUUAUGAUUGAAGUACUCGAUUCACUUAUUACGGAGUUCGAAGAAAACGUCCAACAAUGCUUGGAAAAGAUUCAACCUCUUGCAGACGUUCUUUAAUCUCCGAUUACAAGCGUGGAUUUCGAGCAAGCCGACGAAAUCUCCAAGCUGUUUCCGCGAUCUGAUACUGUCGAUCCUGCUUGUCUAGAAGCAGAAUUUGAAAUAUUUCCACAGAUCGUUGGCAGGAGCCAAGAUCCAUUCAAGUCCGUUCAUGAUGUCUGUAAUCUGGCAUAUGAACACAAGUCGAUCUUUCCUUCGAUUUUUAAAGUAUUAAAGCUUUUGUUUACUGCGCCAGUCAGCGUGGCAAAAGAUGAGAGGACGUUCAGCAAGAUGACGAUCAUCAAGAAUUUCCUGCGAUCAACCAUGUCAGACGAACGUCUCGAAGAUUUGAUUGUCUUAGCAGCUGAAAAGGAUUUGACAGACAAAGUCGAUCUGGACGAAGCACUGAAAGUGUGGGCUAGCAAAAAGAAUCGGAAACUGAAGACUAAAUUCUAA